UAGAAAUGCAGUAUUUCUUAUGCUUUGGGUUGGUUUCUUGGCUCAGAGGAAAGGCUGAGGGGUUAAGCUCACUGCCCCAGAGAUGCCACAUGUGAAGGGCAAACAAUGACAGAGGAAAAAGUGCUGUUCUUUCAGCUGACUCAGCUCCAGAGGUCCAUGCCCCGGCUGCUACCUGCUGGCCCAGCUCAGCACAGCCAGCCUGAUGAAAUCACAUGCAUUUCUAUUGGGAGGGGAAAAAAAAAGAAACUUAUCAGCUCAGAUUUCACUCGGUUGCUUUUUCCCUUAUCAGAGGCAAAGUCUUAAAGGCCUAGCAGGCUUCACAAGCACCUCACAUAGGAAGGACAGGGCUUCCAGGUCUCGGAGGGCUGUCUGCCUUUGCACAUCUGGCCCUGCUGCCUUAGAGCCAGAGCCAGCCGUGAUUAAUCCUACUGCUGCCACCUCCUGUGUACAGAGGAGAAUGCUGUCCCUGCCAGGCAGCAAAAAGCAACUUCGAUCUUUAAGGGCAGCAGCUCCCAUUGCAAACAUUCCUGGGACUUAGCAGCCAGCCAGCCCACAACUCCACAUGCAGAGGUGAAAUGAACAUUCAAGAGUAUUUCUCAAGAAUUUCUUUUGAUGGCUCCCAUAAGGAUGCAGACUUGCAAACCUUAACAGCCAUCUUCCAGCAUCACAUCCAGGCGAUUCCUUUUGAAAACCUCAGCAUGCACUGCGGAGAGACAAUUGACCUGGAUUUGCAAUCUACUUACAAUAAGAUCGUGAAAAAGAAGCGUGGUGGAUGGUGCAUGGAAACAAACUACCUUUUAUUUUGGGCUUUGCAAGAAAUGGGGUAUGACGUCUGCAUCCUUGGAGGAAAGAGUUAUGACCCAGCAAAGAAGGCGUACAUCGAUCAAAUAAAUCACAUCCUACUGAAGGUUGUGAUCAAGGGAAGUUCCUACAUAGUAGAUGCUGGUUUUGGUGGUGGUCCCUACCAAACAUGGCUGCCAAUGUUGCUGAUUUCUGGGAAGGAUCAACCCCAGAUUCCUGGCAUCUUCCGCUUCACGGAAGACAACGGCAUCUGGUACUUGGAGAAAGUCAAGAGGAAACAUUAUGUUCCAGAGGGAAGUGUUCCUCUCACCGAUACUCCAGAAAUGGGCAAUAUCAGAAAACUAUAUUCAUUCACUCUUGAGCCAAAGCACAUAGAUGACUUCCAGGAGCUAAACACAUACCUACAAGUGUGUCCAGACACCAUACUUCAGAAGAAAUCAAUAUGCAGCCUCCAGACCACUGAAGGGUUUUAUGCCUUAGUUGGAUGGACCUUCUCUGACAUGAAGUACAAAUACAAAGAGGACACAGACCUGCUGCAGACUACAACCCUCACAGAUGAAGAGGUGGAGAAGACACUGAAAGACAAAUUCAACAUAGUGUUAGAGAACAAAUUGAUACCAGUAAAUGUUCGUGGCUUGCCACCUAAUCUGGUGGAUACCAUAUAAUUCACAACACAGCUAAAUGAGUCUUUAAAUGUUUCAAUAUUGAAACAUCUAAAACUAACAUUAAUGGUAUUAAUAUAUUCUAAAAAGUCAGCUAAUUAGAUGAACAGAAAGCUUGUUAAAUUCAAGUGUAUUGUUAGUUAACUGCCUGUACUGACUUUGUAUUUUUUCUUACACUUCUUUAGAAACUAAAAUCUCUUAUUUCCUUUAGUCUUCCCAUGAGGAAAUUGUAUUUUGUCUCCCUUAAAUUUUGUUUUAACUCUCUGUAUCUCAUUUGCUGCAGCAAAAAAGAACAAAACUAAAAGAAAUCUGAAGUAUAAAAUGAGACCAAAAUUAUCUGGGAUGAAAAGCUGUAUUACCAUUUUACACAGAAGAUCUGUAAUGCUGUAAUGUUUUUUUGGUAUUAUUUCCAAUCUCCUCCUCAACACAUUUUUGCAAAUUACUCAGUUCUCUCAGCAGUCUGAAACAGAGACUUGAGCUGGAUUUGGCCAAAGAUUUCAUAAAGAGAAAAAAAAAAGUUAAGACUCCCUCAAAACAACCCCCUAUUAGGUGCUGAUUAGUUGCUGAUGAAGUGAGUUGAGAGACUCAAGUCCUAUUCCCUUACCCGAUACUGGCUUGAAAUGAGCCAUUUAUGUAAGGGAACUUAAAACAAACAGGAAACCCCUCCAAAUUCUGUGCAUUCAAUUUUAUCUCCUUUCAGUAUGAUUUCUCUGGAAUUGAAAUAAAAUCAGUAGAAGUUGAGCGUCUUCAACAAUUCUUAAGAAAAUCAGACGACUGGUAUCAGAAACGGAAACAACAUUAGAUCAACCUUUGAAAAAUAUAAACAUUUGGGGCCUCGCUUUCCUCUGACAUCAAACAGACGUAACAAUAAGCUACUCUGCUUUCUGUUUAUUAUCAAUAGUAUUCUGCACAAAAGCGACUAAAAGACAAGACCCUGGAAAAGUGAGGAACACUAGGAAGUUCAGACAUGCCAGCAGUGUGCCAUUGCAGCAUGCUGAAUGUAACACAGCUGCCUUUUACCUUUCUGAUGCUGAGUCUCAUGGCAGAUGCUGAACACGAUGAGCAAUGAAUGAGGGUGACUUAAGAACACUAAUCCUCAGCCACACUGUCUGAUGGGGCAGCGUGUGCCUAAAGCUCAGGUUCUGUCCCAGAUACAGCUCAACACGGUCUUCCUCUUCCCCAAAAGGUGAUCAACAUCUUUCCACUUCCAUCCAAUGAAGGAGACGCUCUGGACAAGGAAGAGACAACCACAAACAGCUACGUAACGUCAGAAAGGUACAGACAGCCAAGUUUGGGAGAGGAAGUGCAUUACUUUGUUCUCAUGCAACACUGUUCCAAUAAAUAUCUGUCAUGGUAUUUAUUACACGUGGCAGCUCCCAAGUAACUACCUGCUGCAGUGGAAACUUAGAAGGGAUCAAAAAGGUUCUUCGUCUGCAAAGAUGGAUCAUUCUGUAUGUGCAUAGAGCAUGGGAAAACACAGCCUGCAACACCUCAGCAACUCCAGAAGGAAGCAGAAGACAACGCUCUACAAAUCACUCCUUUGCCAAGUAACAAUAAUUCAAUUAUAAAAAUAAAAUGCAGAACCAUUUGUGAAUAUCUACAGAAAUUACAUUACAUGAAGAACAAGUUCAGGCUGGUCUUAACCAGAGGAAAACAUAAACUUCUACUCAU